AUGGUAUAUAGAAUUUUCUAUAUAACUAUUUUAUUCGCAAAUAUUCAUGGACAAUGUUUAAUAUUGAAUCAUAACAGUGAAAAUAAUAGUAUUAAUCACUGUGCAUUGCAUGAAUUCGUCCAUCAAGGUUAUACACGAUGUUUGCGAUGCUACAUGAAUAAACCCAUGAUAUCAUUAAAAAAUAUUAAUAUAGCAGAGAAUUGCUCAUCGCUAUCAAAUCUUCAUUGUAUGGAUUUAUACUUUCAUGAUACUCAUUCGUAUAGAAGUUUUUCCUUAGAAAAUAUUCAUGUAAUAAACAACUUAUUUGGUAAAGAGAUUGAAAACAAUUUAGCAAAACAGAAUUCACUUAAUAUUCAUAUAAAAUAUGACACACUUGAAGUUUUCUCACUUGCUACAUUUCGAUCACUUGAUAAUAUUAAAAAUCGAAGGUUUCAUGGAAUACAAUUCGAAUUAAAUAAUCGUAGUAGUCAAUCGAAACUCAAAAUCAAUGAUGAUUUACAAAAUAUGACAUUAUAUGCAUUACAAAUAACUAUGAAUUGUGAUGCCCAAGGAUUGUAUCAAUACAAUUAUGUACGUGGAACUAAACAUCCAUCUCCACUAGGAUUCAUUAAAUGUGAAAUUCAAACAACAAUAUCAAAAAUGACAUCAAGCAUCGUUACAAAGAUAGCUGAUAAAACUUCCAGUACUAUUAUUCUAUCAACAGAAUCAACAGAAAAUAUUCAAAACAAGCUCAUAGUUUUAAGUUUAGUUGGAAGUGGAAGUUUUCUAUUUUGUUGUAUACUCGCUGGCUGUUCCUAUUUACUAUUUAAACAACAUAAUCAAACAAAUGACAUACAUUUUCAACGAAGAGCAAGUAUAACAUUUAGUGUAACCGAUUCUAUAUCAACUGAUAGAAGUAUAUAG